UUUACUGCGCGGGAAAGAAAGCGCGCACGCGUAGAAAGAAAAAAAAGUUCUAAACAUAAAAUGGCGCGAUUGAAAAUACCUGGCAGCUCACCUGAUGCAAAAUCUUACCCCCAUUAUUGCGCAGAACAGUCCGCUUCCGGCAGGGAAAGCAACAAAAUGACGCUAGAGGGGGAUUGUGAAUUGGAUAAUAAACCUUUUAUUGUGUCAGACAAGGAAUUUCAGGAGCUGUUUGGAGAUUCUGAUGAGGAACAAAACUUUAUUGGUUUCGAUGAUGGUAAACCACUUAUGGAAGCUAAAAGUGUACACUCUCCGAGAAAGCUGAGAAAAAGCAUGUAUGCUGAUUAUUUAUCACCCAAUGAAGACAACCCAUACAAGAAAAAAUAUUUGAAUUAUAGAAAACACUCUCGUUAUAAAGAAGAAACAGUUCUUAAAGUUAACAACAAUUCCAACAAAGCAACAAAGCUGCCAUGUAAAUUUGAAAAUCCAAAAUCGCUGCCAAGUUUAGAACCAUUUUGUAAAAUAGUCCAAUUAGAAAGUCACAAGAAUCUAUCUAGUGCUAAUAAAACUGCCAAAAGUUUGCUGAACAAAGCAUGCAAAACUAAGUUAAGGAAGGGUGCAAUUACUCCUUCCUCUAACUCACUAAAGAUGACAAUAAGAUAUUCAGAUUGUUCCCGUCCAAAACGAAUACAAAAGUCAACUCUAAAUCAUGAUUUUGUGUAUGACACACCAGCCUUAAAAAGGAAAUACAAAAUGCUCCUAUCUCCGCCAACAGUUGCUUCAAGUGAAAUGAAAUGUGAAAUGAUCUCAAAUGAUUUGCAUUUAUCUGAAGCUUCACCAGUCAUGAAGAAAAAAGCUCGCAUAAAGUAUGCUACUGAUUCUGGUUCUCCCAUUUCACAACCAAGAAAGAAAAUCAAAAUUAAAAAUAUUUCACCGUUAAAGGAAAUGUCUUUGUCACAAUAUGAAAGGGCAACGCUUGUUUUAGAAGAUCAAGAAGGGAACUGUAAAAGUUUAAAUUUACAACAAUCAUCUUGCAACCCAAACGAAAUACAUGAAAUAAAAGACCAUUCUGAAAUAAUGCAGACAAGUAACGAAUCUUGGAAUACUGACAAAUGUGGGGUUAAAGACAAUAAUUGUGAAGUAAUACCAACAAGUGACGAAUUUACGAAAGAGCAUACUAACAAGAUUGAGGAAAGCUUGCAUCGUGAUGUAUCAAAACAAAAAGUUAGUAAAACAGAACUGAAUAGUAUAUUAGCAGAGCGUGAACGGGGAUGGCCAUUUUGGAAUUCAUAUAUUGAUACUAAUCUAACAGAUAGGAGGUUAUCACGUAAGCAGGAAUCUAAUAAUAAAAAUAUUCACGAAAAAGAAAAACAAGUUUCAGAAAAAAUCCAUAACACAAGUGUAUUAGAAACACAAAAACCUUUAAACAGAAUUACACAGAAGAAAGACAAAGUAAGUUUUUCCUUUACCGAUGCCUGUCCUGAUACGAAAAGAAUGAAAGCUGUAAAAGUGAAUGGCGUUUUAAAGUUUGCUAAUAUGAAGAAUGAAUUAAUCACAUUUUGCAAGGAAUGCGAAAGUUGUCGCAAAGAAAUUGAUUGUGGUGAAUGUAAGCAUUGCAGAAAUCCUAAGGGUCAUUCAAUUAGACUUCUUCCUUGCUGGACAAGAAGAUGUAGUAAACCUAUCAUAGGACCAGUCAUCAAAGUCAAGAUGAAAAAACUCAUGAAGGGAAAGCCUACAAAAAAAAUUAAACACAAAGAGAAAGGACCGAGUGAAGGUAGUAGAAAAGAUGACUAUCUUUCUAAAUGUGACGAAGCCUCAGAAAAGGUUGAAGUAAGUUUUGUGUCGGACGCACUGCAUCAUAUCAAAGAUAGUAAUGAUGCUACCGAGGACCAUGCCCAAGUUGAAUUCAAAGUGCUUCAAAAGAAAAAGAAAAAUUUAAAUACUUCUGCAGGUUCAGAUGUUUUUACUGGAAUGUCUCCUAUUAAGCCCAAACUUAGAAGCACAAUGAAUGAACUCAUGAAGCAGAAAUCCUCUCCUGAUCGUCUAAAUUCAUUGCCUUUAUUACCUUGUGGUCCUGAAACUGUUGUCAAAUUACCAUGGCCUCACGAUACUAACGAGGAUGCUGCAUGGAUAGCCGGUCACCAUUUAUGCACUAUUGAUUCUGGAGAAAUAAGUUUGAGGAAUUUGUGUUUCUUAUGUGGAAGUGCUGGGGAAGAAAAGAUGUUGAUUUGCACAUAUUGUUGUGAAUCUUUUCAUUUGUAUUGUUUGGAUGUUGAACCUGUCAGCAAAGUCAACUGGUGUUGUGACCGCUGCAAACGUUGCGUUGUGUGUGGACUGAAAGAAAACUUACUGAUGUGUGACAAAUGCCAUGAUUGUUACCAUGCAGAAUGUCUAGGACCAUAUUAUCAGAAAGACACUGAAGGAGUUGAAGAAACUUGGGUGUGUGGAAAGUGUGUAAAAUGCAUCAAAUGUAACCGCCGAACAGCAGGAAAGCAAAGGACUUCAAAAUGGACUUACAAUUUCUCCAUGUGUGAAGACUGCGGAUACAACUGGAAGCGUUCAAAUUAUUGUCCUGUGUGUGAAAAAAUUUAUAAUGAGGACGAUGACUCAUUGAAAAUGAUGUUUUGUUCUAAAUGUGAAAAAUGGAUACAUAUGGAAUGCGAAGGUAUUAAUGUGGAUGACUAUGAGAUAUUAGCUGAACUUCCUGAAAACAUUCCUUAUGUUUGUAAAUUAUGUACUGGACACGAUAAAAGUCAUUCAGCAUGGUACAAGGAAGUCAAAGUAGAAAUGCAUAAUGGUUUUCUCAAGAUUUAUUAUGAUUUGGUAUCACAUAGAGACUACAAAAUGUUAAAACGAGGAUUAUCAGAUAAUCAAGGCAUCUGUUCAUGUCUUCAAACUUUUGACAUUUUGUUUAAUACGUUACAAAACCAUGAAUAUACAUGUAUUAAUGAGUUUUAUAUUCUCAUGUUUGAAGCACUUAAACAGCUUUGUAGAAACAUAAAGGAGUCAUCUGUGUGUGAUGUAAGCAUGGGAAUAUUCCCUGAUGGAGUUGCGUUACUCAGCAAUUUUGAAAAGGGAAUCAAGACAAUUUUUCCAUGGUUUUCUUCAAAUAGUUCAUCUGACAUUUCAGAAACAAAAGUGACUUCUUCCCCGACUAAAAGCGACAUAGCUGACAGUAUUACUAAAGUUGAAAUUAAAUUCAAUGGACAAGAAAAAUCUUUGAUUCAUGACCAUAUUUAUGUUUCAUUGCAAAAGAAAUCUUGCAAAGACAUGAUUGAUAUUAAAAAUGUCCAGAAAACUGAAGAUAACCGGCGAUGUUUGUUUUGUGCAACAUGUGGUGACGGUAGUGAGUAUGGAGCUGGUCGACUAUUAUAUUGUGGCAUGAAUGAGUGGGUGCAUAUUAAUUGUGCACUAUGGUCAGCAGAGGUGUACGAAGAUGAAGAUGGCAGACUUAAACAGGUUAACGAUGCUCUAAAAAGAGGAAAUAAACUGAAAUGUGAGUAUUGUGACCAAUGGGGAGCAUCUAUUGGCUGCUGUCAUCUAAAAUGUUCCAAAAGUUACCAUUUUAUAUGCGCCAUAAAGAGUGAUGUGAUAUUCCAGGAUGACAAAAAGAUAUUUUGUCAGCUGCAUGCAUCGAAAGCAAAUGUGAAUUUGAUACUAUCUGAAAAGGAGUUGGCUGUAUCUCGAAGAGUAUUGGUAGACCUUGCAAGAUUUAAAUCCUUAAAGAGAGUUCAACGAGGAUUAAAUCCAAAUUUUAUUCGACUUUUCUGUGGUGCAUUUUCUCUUCAAUCACUUGGUUCACUAAAUGACAAAUCAGACAUCAAAAAAUUGCUUGCUCCUGUUGGCUAUAGAGGUAAACGUCUGUUUUGGAGCACGCAAGAUCCACUACAGCGAUGCAACUAUAUUUGUGAAAUAGAUGUUUUGAACCAAAUUGAAGAAAAAGAAGAACUUGAGAAAAAAAAUGAAACUGAAAUUGUGGAAGAGAGUGUUACGUAUUGUCAUGACAAGGUGGAAUGGACAAAAUUGACUCAAGAAAACACCUGUCAAUGCAACCAACAUGGCACCUUGCCAGGUCAAAAAAAGGGAGUAAAGAGAAAGAUUGGUUUUAAAGAAUCCUGUGAAAAAUGCAAUGCUUUACGAAAAUAUGUAUACUUGAGUCAUGAAGAAUUUUUAUCAAAGCAUAAAUUAUCUGUUAAAAACAAAGUUUUGAGCAGUGACCACAAUUUUUAUUCAACUCAUAAUAAGACAAGAAUAGGAGAAAAGGUAUAUAACUUGAAAAAAGUGGAAAAGGUAACUUCCAAUUCGAAAGAAAUACAUUCACGCCAGACAGAUUGUAAUAUUAUUGUAAAGAAAACAACAGAAUCACAAGUUAAACUUAAAUCACUCAUAUCCGCAUCAUUAAAUAAAAUUCGAAACUGUGAGAAGCCAUUAAAUGAGAUUCCAUUAAAUCAAGAUUCAACAAAGGAGGUGAAAACAGCAGAACCUGAACAAUCAAGUGCAUUGCUAGAAGAAAGUGGUGUGCAUCCAGAUGUUAUGAUUGAUUUCACGAAUACUGACCCAAACAACGUUACAAAGACAAGUGGAAAAAUAUGUCCUGAAGCAACAAUUCAUCAAUUUAUGGACGUUGUUCAAUCUAUGAAAAGCCCUUCUCACAAGCCUUUUGGUUUGACUGUAGCCUCCACAUCUGCAGUUAGCACAAGAUCUCCAUUAAACACCACCCCAUCAAUGCGUACUUCUUCAGCAUCUGUUGCCAGUACAAAUUCGAUGUCAUUAAAAAACUUAGUUGGUAUGUCCAGCUCUGCUUCCGUUAUUUCUAAUAAAUUUUCUUCCAAUACAGUAUUAGAUAAAACGAUUAUUUUAACUACAUCAUCUGCUCAUGCGCAUCCAAAAAUGUUUUCUGCAGAUAGCUACAAAGCUAACCGCAAAUCUAUUUCUAUUGUAUCAUCUAAUUCAAAUCCAUUGAUCAAGUUGCAAUCGCAAGCUAGUAUACAUCAUGUUGCAUCACCUACUUUACAGACAGUUUCAAACAAAACAAUUUUACCAGUAGAUAAGUCUGUAUUACAUAAAUUUUCAUCAAAUGAAACAAUGUCUCCUAUCAAUAUUGUAUCUGUCAAACAUCCUGUUGUUAAAAGCCAGCAGUUUAUUAUGCCGAAUAUAUUGCUUAGCCCAAAGAAACAAAAAGGUGAUAUUACUGUGUUAAAAAUGACUGAUCGAAGCCGAAUUGGAACAAAAAUAAUGGUUAAUCCAUUUAAGGAAGCAUUGACUACGAAACAAAAUUCUCCAGCUAAAAAGACAGUGCUAAAUGAAAAUAUCUUACAACAUGCCUCAAAGCUGAUAAAUAUUGCACCAAAGCAGUCUACCACAUACUCUACUCUGCCGGUGAUAGCUAUGACAAACACAUUUAAUGGCUUGACGCCAGUUCUUGCGACUGUGACACCUCGUAGCAACGUAGGUAGUGCUUUAACUAUUUCAUUGCCACAAGAAAUCGCAUCGAAUCAUCAGAGGAUAGUCCAAUGUAUUAAUACAAAUAACCUUUAUACUAAGACCAUUAUCGGGAACGUUGUGACCCCGCUGGAAUUCGCGAAACCAAGAGUCAUUCAUCAAAGGUAUGCUCAAAUCUCUGUCUCGGGGUGCGAUGAUAGAACCAAUCAGUUGCUUCAUGUUAGAAGUAAUGUGAUGCCAACAAUGCCAAACAAUGAUCCUCCAAAUAUUAUAUCUGCUUCUACGGGAGCUCUACCCAUUGUAAUCAAAAGAGAUGUAGCGAAUACAUUACCACCAAAAUGUGAUACCAUCAUCUCACCACCACCGUUAAUAACUGAUACAUCAAAUCAAAUUGGUUAUAGCGAUACCACUUCUGAGCAAUCUUUGUCAAAUCCUGACUUAGCAAAAGAAAUUAAUGAUUAUUUUUCUCAUCUGAAGUCUCGGCAUGUUAGUGCACUACAGUCUGCUGGAAAAUUAUCAUUUCCCAAAACGUCUGUUGGUGAGAAGACCUCAAAUUCAAGUAAUGGAAGCCUGUUGGACACUGGUUCCGCAAGUAAAUAUCAUUUAAGUAGUAAGACAGAAAAUCAAGAUAAAGAAGGUACGAAUGUAAUGCCCUCUGACCAUUCAAAGAAUACACAGUCAUCCACUUCAAAUCAUGCAAAUCCUGAGAUAGAGUUUAAACGGGAGUUAUUGUUUCGACAACUCAAAGAAUAUUUAACAAAACAUCCUGAUGUAGUCAAAGUCGUUGGUAAUGUGAGACCUAAGACAAGUCAAGUUCCUGUUGUCAAUCUAACCGAAAAGAAAUUAAGCGAUGAUUUGAUUUGUUAUUCAGCGUACUUGCCAGAGCAUUUGUGGACAGAGUUGAUUAACGCUGGUAUAGCUAGUAAUGAUAUUCAGAAAAUUAUUCGAGAAAGUAAAGAGAACACAGGUGAAAAGAUGGUAACUAAAGAUGAUAUUUUAUUGCCUGCUUCAUCUGCAGAUGCAUUCAGAGGUACAUCAUCAAACACCAUACCUAAGCUUCCGUCAUUAAAUACAUCCAUAAAACAUCUCUACGACAAUACCAUUCAAAAUGCCAUGAUUGCUACAGCAGUUCAGAAUAAAAUUCAUGGCAACGCAAAUAUACAUGGAUUGUCGUUACCACACGUCAGUGCAAUAUCAAAACUCGAGAACAUCAACCAAAACAGUAACCUAUAUCAGCCGUUGGAUAUGAACAAAACAAAGUAUUGGAACAAUGUGCAUGUUCGAAAUUUAAAUGUUACACAAAACAGCGACAUAGUUGGAAAUUAUGCAAAGCAACGAUUGUACGAAAAUCCCACACAUAUUCUAAAAUCCAAUCUUGUACCUAAUGAUUUAAAAAUAAAUAAUGGACUGGACCCAGUCUCAUGGAACAGCUUAAUUCAUACUGCCCAUCAGAUGGUUAUGGCUCCUGUUGUAAAACCUAAACGAAAAUAUCGAAAGCGCAUUAAAGUGGCCAAUGAAGAAUGCUCAAAAAGCACGACGGACUGCGAAAACGCAGUUUCAGUUUCUAAAUCUGGAACACUGCCAACACCAAGUUUAGAUUUUGACACCUCUGUCCAUAGUCGGCCAUGUGGGCCUGUGUUGAGUAAAAGAAAACGAGUAAAAGAAUCAGUAGAUGUACCUUGUGCGAACACGGAGUUUGAUGUAUGUGCAUUUAAUGAGAAUGUAGGAGCUGAUCAAUUCGUCUACAACACAGUGGAAAUAAGCACAUGUGAGCAAUCGAAGGUAAACAAGUCUGAAAGAAGAGUAAAGCGAGUCAAGAAGCACAAGAGAGAUUACACAGCAUGUUUAAAAACUUUGCUAGCAAAAGAAGAAAAAGAGAUACUGGAGAAGUCACAAACAUCACUUAAAUUUGUGUUAAAAAAUGAUGAUGGAUGGGCUAGCGAGAGUUCCUCUCUGGAAGAAAUUUGGAAACAACUUAUCACGGAAAUAAACGACCUACGCAUGGAUAUAAACUUACCACCUUUCAUAGUUGAUGUAAACGAUGCAUACGACUUCAUUGGAUUAUCAAAAGAAUUUGUAUGUUAUUUGGUGGAGCAACUACCUGGUGGUCAUAAAUGCAGAAAUUAUAAAUUCCAACAUCAUCUACCCUGUGUCACUGAAGAUGACCAAGACUUACCUGUAAACCCACAUGGUUGCGCACGCGCAGAAGUUGUUGUGAAAAAUGGCGAUAAUGACAUGUUUGCAUGGUUAGCCUCACCCUAUCGAAUUCCACCUAAACAGUGUGAUGACGUUCCUGACGACGAGAUUUUGGGUGGGGCACAGGAGCUACCUGUUGCGAUGAAGUAUCGGUUACUAAAGAACACAUCUAAAGAUCACGUUGGUGUCUUCAGAUCUGGUAUCCAGGGACGUGGUUUAUUUUGUAAAAAAUCCUUGGAAGCUGGUGAUAUGAUCGUUGAAUACAGUGGUGAAAAAAUACGUGCAGUGCUAACUGACAGAAGGGAAGAGUAUUACGAACAAAAGGGAUAUGGCUGCUACAUGUUUCGUAUCGACGACAUGGAUGUGGUUGAUGCAACAAUGAAAGGAAAUGCUGCUAGGUUUAUUAAUCAUUCAUGCGAGCCCAACUGUUUUUCCAAGAUUAUUUCUGUGGAUGGAUGCAAGAAAAUAGUCAUCUUUGCUUUACGAAGGAUUAUAGCUGGUGAGGAGUUGACUUAUGACUAUAAGUUUCAACAAGAAGAAGACAAGUUGUUGUGUUAUUGUGGCGCGAAAAAAUGUCGAAAAUAUUUGAAUUAAAUUUCGUUAAUAAUGUAAUGUGAAAAAUAAUGUAGUUCGAUGAGUUUUCAUUCCUAGAAACUGCAAUAUUCUCCACGUGUCUUUUUUGAGAUUUUCGAAGCAAAUGACGUCAGCAGUAUAGAUUUUCAGUGUGUUUAUGUAUUGCUCAGUAAAAAACUGUUUUGAGUUUUCAAUAUAUAUUAUGCCUUUUUUCCUUUGCAAUAAAUUACAAUAUGUAGUAUAAAACUAAUAUAUUCAUUAUUUUUUAUUUUAUCUGUUUUUCCUGUACAAUGGAUGCUUAAAAUGUUUGAUGUUAUCUAACACUUGAUUUCCAGGUUCUACGAAUUAACUUAUGCAAUUUCCUGUCGUCUGUCUGUUGAUCUUUUUGAAAGUGAACUAAAGCAACAUUUUCUUUAUAUGUAGUAUUUAAACAUAGAAAGUGCGGCCACAUUAGUUUCAUUUUUUAGACCAAAAUCGAUGGAAAUAGUAACACAUUGGAAAGUUUUAAAUUGUUCUUUAUAAUUUUUGUAUAUAUGUACGUAAUUUUAUUCUUUAUAAGAUAUAAUUCUACCUCAAA